AUGGGCUCAAUCGCAAAAACACCACCUUUCCCUUCCUCCCCUGCCCCCAGCCCCUCUCUGCCCCCCCGCGUCCCCAUCCCCCAAAAUGGCGUCGACUAUCGCGGCAAAAUUGUUCUCGCUCCCAUGGUCCGCUCAGGCGAACUCCCCUCCCGCCUUCUCGCCCUCAAAUACGGCGCCGAUCUCGUCUGGGGCCCCGAAACAAUCGACAGAGCCCUAAUCGGCUGCACCCGCCAAAUAAACCCGCGCACCUCAAUGAUCGAAUUCACUCGCCUUCCCUCCAACGGUGGCUGCCAAAACCCAGCCAAACCAAACCAAACCCCGCCCAAAGAAUCCAUAAUCUACCGCCUCGACCCACACCGCGAACGCGGCAAACUAAUCUUCCAAAUCGGCACCGCCUCCCCCAUCCUCGCUGUCGAAGCGGCCAAAAUCAUUGCUCCAGACGUUGCAGGCAUAGACGUGAAUGCAGGAUGUCCCAAACCCUUCAGCACAAGCGGCGGCAUGGGCGCCGCCCUCCUCCAAAAGCCCGACCUGCUCGUAUCAAUCCUUACCGCCCUCGUCACAGAAGUAGGUGCACCCCACCAAAUCAGCAUCUCAGUGAAGAUCCGUCUCCUCUCUGACCCGGAACGGACACGCGAUCUCGUCACCCGCCUCUGCGCGACAGGCAUAACUGGAUUAACCGUCCACUGCCGCACGACACCUAUGCGCCCGCGCGAGCGCGCCAUCCGCGACCAAUUACCCAUGAUUGCAUCUAUAUGUCGGAAUGCGGGGGUUGCAAUUCUGAUGAAUGGCGAUGUUGAAUCGCGCGACCACGCACUCAAGCUGAUGAAGGAGUAUGGCGUUGAUGGCGCGAUGAUCGCGACGAGCGCGGAGGCCAAUUCAUCCUGUUUCCGCACAGGCGGUCAGGGCGGCUUGGUACACUGGCGCGAGCUGGUGCGAGAGUAUAUGGAUUUAUGUCUGCAGUGUGAGAAUAAAUGGGGGAAUACGAAGUAUUUGCUCAACAUGCUUAUACCGGGCAAGGAGAAGAUGUUUAAUGCGGCGAAGAUGUCGAAGUCGUAUCGGGAUUGUUGUCGGGUGCUUGGGUUUGAGGAGUUGGUUGAGAGGGCGAAGAUUGUUGAUGAGAUUAUUGGGAGGAUACCGGAUGAUGAGAAUGGGGAAGACGGCGCUGAUGUCAGUAGUGGGAAGAGGAAGAAUACGAGUAGGACUCCCCCGGUAAAGAAGGCGAUAUUGACGAAUGAGAGUGCCAAGGCGGCGGGAAUUGGUGGCGGUGCUGGCAGCGUUGACUGUAGAGGGGUUACGAAGUCGAGAAGCUCUCCUGUUGUGCUGGAUGCAAAUUCGAGUACUCCCGAUGCUGCUGUUGUCAUGGAUAUGGCUGCUACCCACCCGCCUGCUGUGGAGAAUGCUCCUGUUGCAAGUCCUCUGCAUGGGUGA